GCUGAGAAGGAGAUGGCCAACAUGAAGGAAGAGUUUGAGAAAAUGAAGGAGGAGCUUGCUAAGUCUGAGGCAAAAAGGAAAGAACUGGAGGAAAAAAUGGUGACCCUGAUGCAAGAGAAAAACGACCUGCAGCUCCAAGUGCAGUCUGAAUCUGAAGGCUUGGCUGAUGCUGAGGAAAGAUGUGAUCAACUGAUCAAAACCAAAAUACAACUUGAAGCUAAAAUUAAGGAGGUGACUGAAAGAGCAGAGGAUGAGGAGGAGAUGAACGCUGAGCUGACAGCCAAAAAGAGGAAACUGGAGGACGAGUGUUCAGAGCUGAAAAAAGACAUUGAUGACCUUGAGUUAACAUUGGCCAAGGUUGAAAAGGAAAAACAUGCCACAGAAAACAAGGUGAAAAACCUCACCGAGGAAAUGGCAGUCCUGGAUGAGACCAUCGCUAAACUGACAAAGGAAAAGAAAGCCCUCCAGGAGGCUCAUCAGCAGACCCUGGAUGACCUGCAGGCAGAAGAGGACAAAGUGAACACACUGACCAAAGCUAAAACCAAGCUGGAGCAGCAAGUAGACGAUGUAGGCACAAUAAUAUGUGGAGAGAAUAAAACCAGUGCUCGUAUUGAGGAACUGGAGGAGGAGAUAGAGGCUGAACGUGCCUCUCGGGCGAAAGCAGAGAAACAGCGGGGUGAUCUCUCCAGGGAACUUGAGGAGAUCAGUGAGCGUCUGGAAGAAGCUGGUGGAGCCACAGCGGUUCAGAUUGAGAUGAACAAGAAGCGUGAGGCAGAAUUCCAGAAAAUGCGCAGAGACCUUGAAGAGGCCACUCUGCAGCAUGAAGCCACAGCUGCCGCCCUCCGGAAGAAGCAUGCGGACAGCACAGCAGAGCUUGGGGAGCAAAUCGACAACCUGCAACGAGUCAAGCAGAAGCUGGAGAAGGAGAAGAGUGAACUGAAGAUGGAGAUUGACGACCUGGCUAGUAACCUGGAGACUGUCUCCAAAGCCAAGGCAAACCUUGAGAAAAUGUGCCGCACUCUGGAAGAUCAGCUUAGUGAGGUUAAGACAAAGGAAGAAGAGCAUCAGCGUAUGAUCAAUGACCUCAGCGCUCAUAGAGCUCGUCUACAGACAGAAUCAGGUGAAUUUGCGCGCCAGGUAGAGGAAAAAGAUGCUUUGAUUUCUCAGCUCUCAAGAGGUAAACAGGCAUUUACCCAACAGAUUGAGGAACUGAAGAGGCAUCUAGAGGAGGAGAUAAAAGCUAAGAAUGCACUGGCCCACGCCUUGCAGUCUGCUCGCCAUGACUGUGACUUGCUCCGGGAGCAAUAUGAGGAGGAGCAGGAAGCCAAGGGUGAGCUGCAACGUGCCCUGUCCAAGGCCAACAGUGAAGUUGCCCAGUGGAGAACCAAAUACGAGACGGAUGCCAUUCAGCGCACAGAGGAACUGGAAGAGGCCAAGUAUGUGCUGGGGUGGAGGACUGGAAGAGGACAAGAACUAAAUGGGGAACUGUGAAGAGGCCAGUGAUAUGCUCAGGAUGGGUCUGGAGGAGGCCAAGGAUGUGCUUUGGGGAGG